AUGGAAGACUCUACUCCCCUAGUCACCUUCUACGAUAUCGCCUUCGGCCCCCCAAUGGCAGAAACAACCUGCGCCCCAAACCCAUGGAAAGCCCGCUACGCCCUCAACGCCAAGGCUGUUCCCUACAAAACAACCUGGGUUCCAAUGCUCGACAUUUCCAAAGUCCGUCUCGCAAUGGGCGUUCCGGCCGCCCGCAAAUUCGCCGACGGCUCGGACUAUCACACCCUCCCCAUGAUAACCGACUCGUCGACAGACUCCAUUGUCGGCGACUCCUUCGAUAUCGCUAUCCAUAUGCAAACCCACUAUGCCGACUCGGGCGUAAAAGAUCUCUUUCCUCCGCAGAAACUCGAUUAUGUCUUUGAACACGAUUUGGCUAUUUUCGCGCCUCUUUCUGGACGGGAUGAGGGCGUUUGUGGGGACUAUGUAAGGUUUAACCAUAAUGUUGAUGCGGCGUUCAGUGCACAUGUCAUGCUUAUGGCGCAUGGGUUGCCUUUUGAUUCAGUGUCUGGAGAUGAUGUGAGGGCUGAGUUUGCGAGGAGGGCGGGUGUGCCGACUUGGGAUGAUCUUGCUGUUAGGGGAGAGAAAAGGGGUGUGUUGUGGGGUGAGUUUAGAGAGACAUUGGCUGGGUUGGCGAGGUUGUUUAUGAGGGAUUGCAGGGGGCCUUUCUUAUUGGGGGAGGAAGUUAAUUUUGGCGAUUUUAUAGUCGGGGGUUGGUUGAAAUUUAUGAAGGGGACUUUGACGAGUGAUGAGUGGGAGGAGGCGAGGACCUGGCAUGAUGGUGUUUUUGGGCGGUUAUUUGAUGCUUUAGAGAAGUAUGCGGAAGUACACUAA